CCACUGGAACUACAUCAAAGGAGAACAAAACCCUCUUCAGCAUCCUUGCAGCGAAAUUUCCAUUCAAUUUUUCUUUCCAAAUAUGGCGUCGUCCCUCAUUCCCAGCUUCUUUGGCAGCCGCAGAAGCAAUGUGUUUGAUCCAUUUUCCUUGGACAUUUGGGAUCCUUUUGAUGGUUUCUUCACCUCUAAUCUUGCCAAUGCGCCACCCUCAGCAAGGGAAGCCUCAGCUUUCAUAAAUGCAAGAAUCGACUGGAAAGAGACCCCAGAAGCCCAUAUUUUCAAAGCAGAUCUUCCAGGGCUAAAGAAAGAAGAAGUGAAAGUUGAGGUGGAAGAAGGCAGAAUCCUCCAAAUCAGUGGAGAGAGGAGCAAAGAGCAGGAGGAGAAAAAUGAUAAGUGGCACCGCAUAGAAAGAAGCUGCGGAAAGUUCCUGAGGAGGUUCAGGUUGCCUGAGAAUGCUAAGAUAGAUCAAGUUAAAGCUAGCAUGGAGAAUGGAGUGCUCACUGUGACUGUUCCCAAGGAGGAGGAGAAGAAGCCUCAAGUCAAGUCCAUUGACAUUUCCGGCUGAGCAAUACUGCUCUAGAAAUGCCACCUUGGUUCAAAGGACUAAAUAAACUCCGGUGUGUGUGUUUGUGAUCAACCUAAUAUGUGCGUGUGUGAGAGCUUGAAAUAUGUGGAAUCCUUCUAUAAAAAAUGAAAAUAAUUGACUAGCACCUUCUUAAGAUUUCCACAAUUUAAUAAUAUUGUCCAACAGAUCCCCUAAAAAUGUGAACUAGCUUGAAAUUAUUGAUCAUUUCAGCUAGUAGAUUCCAUCAGUCGUCACCAUAUUCAUAUAUAGAUGUCUGUGUAUCAAGAACUUGCAAAUUGGUUUAAAUGAUUUGUUUCAGUUAUCA